CUAUUUCCGACCCAUCAAAUGUUGUUAGCUUUUUUCUUUUUCUUCUAGGUCUUCUUUCAGUUUUGGUGUGAAGAAAAAAAUCUCUCCUUUUUUGUUUGUGUGUAAAGAGAAAAAAUCUCAAUUUUCUCAAGCAUCAAUCAAUCAAUGGCGACGGAGUACGAGCGGAAGAGAUUGGAGAACAUAAGACGGAACGAUGAGAUGUUGGCUGCUCUCAAUGUCCGCGCCAAAGCUUCUUCUCUUCUCUCCGCCGCCAAACGCUCUCGAGAUGAUUCUAAAUCUUUUAAGAAGAAGAAGCCCAAACCUGCUUCAACGCCCACUGUUAUCCGAAUGUCUCUACGCACCAGAGGUUUGAAUCCAGAUUCCGCUGGCUUACCUGAUGGCUUUUCAGAUUUCCGGAUGGGUUCUCAGAUCACACACAACCAACCAUCUCCUCAGAAGCAAUCGCCGCGUCUUUUGGCUCCUAUUCCCUUCGAAUCCGCGUAUGAAGGAUACGGUUCUUAUACGCAAUUGGUUGAUACUCUUUUGGGUAUUGAGAGUAAGUCUUGUAGAGGCAAAUUGGUUAAGGGAGAAAUUGGAGUGGUUAAGGAUGAGAACGAGUCUCCUAUGGUGAGGACUAGGAGUAGUUCUCGUGUAUCUAAAGUUUCUGUUAAAAAGGAAGAGCCUGAAGAUGAUUCCUUCAGUGAUUAUGUGAACAAGGAAUUUAGUAUUCCGGUUAAGCCUGAGAAAAUUGAGUUUGAUCUGGAUUUGUUGACUUUAGAACCGCAGAAUGUAGCUCGUGUUGUGCCUGGGAGGAUUUUUGUUGUCCAGUUCUUACCUUGCGAGAAUGUUAAGAUGGUUGCUGCAGGGGACAAACUUGGGAAUGUUGGGUUUUGGAAUUUGGAUUGUGGGAAUGAGGAAGAUAAUGAUGGGAUAUAUCUAUUCACUCCUCACUCAGCACCAGUUUCAUCUAUUGUGUUUCAGCAAAACUCUUUAUCAAGGGUUAUUAGCAGCAGCUAUGAUGGUCUCAUCCGGUUGAUGGAUGUCGAGAAGUCGGUUUUUGAUCUGGUUUAUUCCACGGACGAAGCUAUAUUUUCACUCUCGCAGAGACCAAAUGAUGAGCAAAGCUUGUACUUUGGUCAGGAUUAUGGAGUGUUCAAUGUAUGGGACCUCCGAGCAGGAAAGUCAGUUUUCCAUUGGGAGUUACAUGAACGGAGGAUUAACUCUAUAGACUUCAACCCGCAGAAUCCGCAUGUCAUGGCGACAAGUUCCACAGAUGGAACUGCUUGCCUUUGGGACUUGAGAAGCAUGGGAGCCAAAAAACCGAAAACAUUGUCUACUGUUAAUCAUUCUAGGGCUGUGCACUCUGCUUAUUUCUCACCUUCUGGCCUUUCACUUGCAACUACAAGCCUUGACAACUACAUUGGUGUUCUAAGCGGCGCCAAUUUUGAGAACACUUGCAUGAUAUAUCACAAUAACACCAGCAGAUGGAUCUCCAAAUUCAAGGCAGUAUGGGGGUGGGAUGAUUCAUACAUCUAUGUGGGCAAUUUGUCAAAGAAGAUUGAUGUGAUCAAUCCAAAACUAAAGCGAACAGUGAUGGAACUGCAUAACCCUCUGCAGAGAGCUAUACCAUGCAGAAUCCAUUGCCAUCCUUAUAAUGUUGGAACGCUUGCAGGAUCCACAGCUGGAGGACAAGUCUAUGUUUGGACAACAAAGUAGCAUACUUGACCUAUUUGAAUUAGCAUGAGAUGUUGUGUUGUUUUGUUAUGUUGUACAAAGAAAUGGAAGCAAGUUU